GCAGGCGGGGAGGCACCGGGGAGGAGGAACAGGGCUGCGGAGCUGGGGCGUUAGCUGCGUCCCGGCUCAGAGCCCGCGAAGAGGACGAGGACCGAGGCGCCGCCGCGGCUGUGGCCGCAGCACUCUGAGCGCGACAAGCCAUGAGCAGCGACGCCGCGGUCGCUUGCCGCCGCUGAGCCCAACCCGGACACAGCUCGCCGCGCCCUGGCAUCCUCUUCUGCGGAUACCCUCGCCCCCAGAGAUUAAUGUGGCUGCUUAUGACUAAGGAUUCUGGGACCACAGAUGUUCAGAGAAGUAACAUAUACAUAUAAGAAACAUGAUUCCGGUGACCGAGUUCCGGCAGUUCUCCGAGCAGCAGCCCGCCUUCCGGGUGCUGAAGCCGUGGUGGGAUGUGUUCACGGAUUACCUCUCGGUGGCCAUGCUGAUGAUCGGAGUGUUUGGAUGUACUUUACAGGUCAUGCAAGACAAGAUCAUCUGCCUUCCAAAAAGAGUGCAGCCUGCUCAGAACCACUCCUCCCUUUCCAAUGUCUCCCAGGCAGUUAUCAGUGCCACCCCGCUGCCCCCACCUAAACCCUCACCGACCAACCCCGCGACCGUGGAGAUGAAGGGACUGAAGACAGACCUGGACCUUCAGCAGUACAGUUUCAUCAACCAGAUGUGCUACGAGCGAGCCCUCCACUGGUAUGCCAAGUACUUCCCAUACCUGGUGCUCAUCCACACCCUGGUCUUCAUGCUCUGUAGCAACUUCUGGUUCAAAUUCCCUGGAUCCAGUUCCAAAAUCGAACAUUUCAUCUCCAUCCUGGGGAAGUGCUUUGACUCCCCGUGGACCACACGGGCUCUCUCCGAAGUAUCUGGAGAGGACUCCGAAGAGAAGGACAACAGAAAAAACAACAUGAACAGGUCCAGCACCAUCCAGUCUGGUCCCGAGGGCAACCUGGUCAAGUCCCAGUCUCUCAAGUCAAUUCCUGAAAAGUUCGUGGUUGACAAAUCUGCUGCGGGGGCUCUGGACAAGAAGGAAGGUGAGCAGGCCAAGGCCUUGUUUGAGAAGGUGAAGAAGUUCAGACUGCAUGUGGAAGAAGGGGAUAUCCUGUACGCCAUGUACGUGCGACAGACUGUGCUGAAGGUCAUCAAAUUCCUAAUCAUCAUUGCCUACAACAGUGCCCUGGUUUCCAAAGUCCAGUUCACAGUGGACUGUAACGUGGACAUCCAGGACAUGACGGGCUAUAAGAACUUUUCUUGCAAUCACACCAUGGCUCAUUUGUUCUCUAAGCUCUCCUUUUGCUACCUGUGCUUUGUAAGCAUCUACGGCCUGACGUGCCUUUACACCUUAUACUGGCUGUUCUACCGUUCUCUGAGGGAAUAUUCAUUCGAGUAUGUCCGGCAGGAGACGGGAAUCGAUGACAUUCCGGAUGUGAAAAAUGACUUUGCUUUCAUGCUCCAUAUGAUAGACCAGUAUGACCCUCUCUAUUCCAAGCGGUUUGCAGUGUUCCUGUCUGAAGUCAGCGAGAACAAGUUAAAACAACUCAAUUUAAAUAACGAGUGGACCCCGGACAAACUGCGGCAGAAGCUGCAGACAAAUGCCCACAACCGCCUGGAGCUGCCGCUGAUCAUGCUGUCUGGCCUCCCGGACACCGUGUUUGAAAUCACAGAGUUGCAGUCUCUGAAGCUGGAGAUCAUUAAGAAUGUCAUGAUCCCCGCCACCAUCGCCCAGCUAGACAACCUGCAGGAGCUCUGUCUGCACCAGUGCUCCGUCAAGAUCCACAGCGCCGCGCUCUCCUUCCUGAAGGAGAAUCUCAAGGUCCUGAGUGUCAAGUUUGAUGACAUGAGGGAGCUGCCCCCCUGGAUGUACGGCCUCCGGAACCUGGAAGAGCUCUAUCUGGUUGGCUCUCUGAGUCACGACAUCUCCAAAAAUGUCACCCUGGAGUCUCUGCGGGACCUCAAAAGCCUUAAAAUCCUUUCCAUCAAGAGCAACGUCUCCAAGAUCCCUCAGGCCGUGGUGGAUGUGUCCAGCCACCUCCAGAAGAUGUGCGUCCACAAUGACGGCACCAAACUGGUGAUGCUUAACAACCUGAAGAAGAUGACCAACCUGACGGAGCUGGAGCUGGUCCACUGCGACCUGGAACGCAUCCCCCACGCCGUGUUCAGCCUGCUCAGUCUCCAGGAGCUGGACCUGAAGGAGAACAACCUCAAGUCCAUAGAGGAGAUCGUGAGCUUCCAGCACUUGAGAAAGCUGACCGUGCUCAAACUGUGGUAUAACAGCAUCGCUUACAUUCCAGAGCACAUCAAAAAACUGACCAGCCUGGAGAGACUGUUUUUCAGCCACAAUAAGGUAGAGGUGCUUCCCUCCCACCUCUUCCUGUGCAACAAAAUCAGAUACCUGGACUUGUCCUAUAACGACAUCCGCUUCAUCCCGCCCGAAAUCGGAGUUCUGCAAAGUUUACAGUAUUUCUCCAUCACUUGUAACAAAGUGGAGAGCCUCCCAGAUGAACUCUACUUCUGCAAGAAACUUAAAACUUUGAAGAUUGGGAAAAACAGCCUCUCCGUACUUUCACCAAAAAUUGGAAAUCUACUAUUUCUUUCCUACUUAGACAUCAAAGGCAAUCACUUUGAAGUCCUCCCUCCUGAGCUGGGAGACUGCCGGGCUCUGAAGCGAGCCGGGCUAGUUGUGGAAGAUGCUCUGUUUGAGACUCUGCCCUCAGAUGUCCGGGAGCAGAUGAAAGCAGACUAACUUAUUUUUCAUCAGAAUAUGACUGAAACAUGCUUCUACCAAAUACAAUAUAAAGAAUUAGGUAGUCCUAAUGCCUUUCCUAUAUUAUUAUUUUUUUCCUUUUCCACACAAGACAACAUGUACACAAAGAUUGAGUAAGGAGUAUGUAUUUUUUAAUAAAAAUUUAAUUGUAUUUUUUCAAUAUUAAUAUUUUAAAGUUUUAUUUGUCCCGGAAGCUGACGUAUCUGUUAUUGAUUCUGCCAGCAGGAAUGGGUAGUUCCACCUGGCUUUGGUUUUGCUUUCUCACUUGAGUUCAUUCUUGUAAAAGGAAAGGAAUCAUAGGUCUCAUGAAUUUUGGCAUCUUCUAAAUGGGUGAAGAUACUUUGCCAACACCAUCUUUACUUUCUUUCUACCAGUCCGAGCUCUUGGUGAGUCUCAUCAUGUGUACCAAGAAGUUGUGCCAGUGGUUUUACUGUCAGCCACCGCCUUUGCUGGUCAGGAGGCGCCACUCUAUAGGAAACUCCAGACUCUGAGCUCACACAAGUGCACUGUCACAGAGUAUUACCCUGAAAAGCCCCCUGCUUCUGACACUGUUCAUUGUAUCAUUUCCUAAACAACAGUUUCAGUUAGCCUAGGACAGGCUUUUGAAGUGGGUGAAGAAAGCAACCCCCUGUGAUUGUGGUCCUUGUGUGCAUGUAUCAUUUGGUGUCUCACUGAUCUGUAUUUUUUUUUUAACCAACAUCCUAAAAUAUGUCGUCAAAAAUUAAAUACAACCACUACCCCCAUCCACCUCAGUAUUGCCAUGUGGUACUGUUGAACAACCUUAGGGAAAUUAGAUUUUAUUUCAAUAUUCUAGCAGAUAAUUACAUUUUAAAUCAUAGAAUUAGAAGCCUGUUUUGAGUAAUUUAAUCACUUUUGAUGCCUUGAUAUGUGGGUGCAUCCGAUGGAAAACAAUCUUGCUACUAAGGCACUCUGUUAGAAAGCUGAUGUAUUCCAUGCAGGCCCCGCCCCUUCCUUUGUUAGAAGGCUGAUCUAUUCCACGCAGGCCCCGCCCCUUCCUCUGUUACAAAGCUGAUGUAUUCCACGCAGGCCCCGCCCCUUCCUCGGACCCUGUGCAGAGAUAUCAAUUCACUUUCUGCCUGCUGAAUAAAACAACCCACUGUGUACCUAAGCAUAGUCAUCAGCUUCCCGCAAGCCUGCCCUCAGUGCAGAUGUCAGUGCAGCAAGCACGGGAACUCUCAGCUCUCUGCUAAAGAUCGCACCUCAUUUAGCCAAGUGCUGUGACUAACCUCUGAGUGUUCUCACUUCGCAAUAGUUCCCACCUGGUGGCUAGCAAAGCUUUUAGUUCCCACCUGGUGGCUAGCAAAGCUUUUAGUUCCCACCUGGUGGCUGGCAAAGCUUUUAUUGAUCUUUCUUUUCCUAAAAUCCAGCCUAGUGUGGAGACUACACACUAUGUGAGUUACAUAGUCCACCAACUGACCUACGGAAAAGUUUAACACUGAAGGUAGGAAGACGAUUUGACUUCUGAAACCCUGUUUUGAAGAACGUUUUCUUGGCCCCCAUGACCUUGCCCAGACCUGUUUUUUUUUUUUUUUUUUUUUUUUUUGUGACAUGUAGACAUAGACAAGACAUACCUGGGAAGCACAUGGUCCUCAUGGGAGUUAAGAUAGAGAGCUUGGGGGGGGGGGGAUAGCUCAGUGACAAAGCACUUGACCAGAGCUGAGCCCCGUACCUGAGUUUAGCGACCUGACACUACAAAACAGACAAGGGAACAAGACUCAUCACUCUGUGUGAAGGGCCAGCCCUGUGCAAGCGCUUCUAUUUCAGUCAUGAUUUCUUUAAACCUGGAAUUAAAAUAAUAAUAAUAAUUUGAAGUACUAGUAUGACUAUACUUAUAGGAAGAAAUAUUCAAUUUUAGAAUAUCGAAUGGUAUGAAUCAUGUGUCAUGUUCAGAAAAGCUCUGCCUUAAAGAACUUAAAGGCGGAUUGUCUGUUAUUGAGCAUGAGUAACUUGUUGUUGGAAUGCAAAUUGAACCAAUGAAUGCACCCUUUUGAUUGUUAAAACUUAUGGUUAUUUCUAAUAUCACCCUUCAGAAGGGAUCUAUUCAAGUUAAAUACCAUAGUUAUACUGAAGUCUUUCUCUGGCAUUAACUGAAAAUCCUAUAUGGGUUCAUAACUGAAGCAAAUCGCCAAUAAUUCAAUUUUAUCAAGCUUCCAAAUAAUUUGUUUUAUCUUCAUAAUGAUUUCACAGGCUGACUCCCAACCUAAGUUGUAAAUAACAUUCAAUAAGGCAGUAUAAUUUUUAGACUUUCUUUUAACUAAGAGUAAAAUACUCAUAGAUCUUUCUAUUAGAUUUUAUAAAACUCCCAAAGCCUCAAUCUCUGAAGAGUUUGAACUUUCUGAUCCUCAUCCUUUUUAAUACAGUAAACUUUUGUUCUCACUCUUGAGUAAAAUGCUUUCAGUUACUGUCCAGCCUUCCAACGAGAAACUCAGGUGCCUGAACCACUGGCUUUUCUAAUGUUCUCUGAUCUAACUUAGUGCAGAGAGGCUGUCUGCCUCCUCUCUCUCUCUCUCUCUCUCUCUCUCUCUCUCUCUCUCUCUCUCUCUCUCUCUCUCUCUGUUUUCCAAGUGCUCUUGCUGAGAGGAUCAGCUCUCUGUCCAACCUCCAACUCACAACAAACUGCUGUAUAAAUCACAAAUGUGCCAUCUGGACUCUUAACUCCGGGGGUGACUUCAAGCUCAAGGUGGCCAUGCUGUACAGUGAGGUAGCUGUCUGGUGGUGCUCUGGUUGAAAAGUCCUAAUAGAACCCCACCUAAGGGACCAGCAAGGUGGUCCUGAGGGUGAAUGGCAGCACUUGCCAUCCACCUGAGGUCCUGAGCUUGCUCUUCAGGAUCCACGCAGUGGAAGGAGACAACCAACUCCUGUCAGUUGUCCUCUGACAGGUGCCACAGAGUGAGCACCUACAUCAGACGCGCACAAACUAAUUAAUGUAGAUUUUAAAUCAUAGAAAAAACACACACACACACACACACACACACCCAAGAAUGUAACACCUCAGAACAGAAUUGUGUUCUCUCAUUCCACUUUGAUCUGGUUUUGAAUAUCAGAAUUCUCAAUGAGAUAAACUGUGGUGUACAUGAGAUUCCUUGCAUUGCCCACCCAGCCCUUCUCUGCUGUUACAAUGAGCUCCGACAGUCUCCGCGGUGUCCUAAGCAGCAAACAGACCUUUUCAGGCUCUUUUGGAAAUGUCCCUGCCUCAGGGAGGUUGUUCAUUUUGAUCACAGGCCCCGCUCUGAAGGGUCUGAAACAUGGACUCUUCCUUAGGUUUCUUAAACAAAAGAAGUCCAGUUUCUUUCAGUAUGCUAGUUUAUGGCUUUAAUUUAUCUCACUCUCUAAUCCAAUUUUCAUACUAAAUACUGAUCAACGGUAUUGGCAUUUCAGCAGUAACAUUAUGGCUCAUCAAUACAAAAGUCCAUUAGCACUUCUCAUGCAAACCUUGUUGAUGUCACUUCAGUUUUUCAUAAAGUGAAUUAAGUCUACCUUAAAGAGUUUACACUGGGGCAGAAUCUUCAAGAACUUCAUACUCAAGUGAACAAAAUGUCUACCACUGAGGAAACUUCUAGAAGAGUCGAUGGGAUGGUUGCACCUUUUCUGUUUAGAGAUAUAGUAAGAAAUCCCAGUCUUACCUAGAGCUGCCAUGAGUUUUCAGAUUUAGCUCUCAGUCUUCUGAUAUCAGCCUCCCAAACAAGUAUCUGCUCCCAUCCAGUCCCCUUCCCAAAGUCACCCACUAAUAAAGAUGGCAUUCUUAGAAUUAUCUGAGUGAGAGAGAAGAGAGUAUCCCUCUGCCCCCAAGGAAUUAUUUUUUAAUCAGAAGGGUAUAUAACAUUGGACAGCUUGACUUAUUGACCAGAUAGCAGCCACUAUGUAUUUAGGGUUUGGUUUGGUUUUGGAGCCAAGGUCUUGCUUUUUAACCCAGGCUGACCUUAAACUUGAGAGCCUCUUGCCCCGGCUUCCUGGACACUGGAUUACAGGUGUUUACUGCACACCUGGCCUGCGUGGUUUAUAGUUAGAUUCGUUUGUGUCUUUGGCCCCCUGCCGCACUGCUCUUUGGGGUUGACACCCCAUGCCUUAUGUGCUUGCUGGUGUUUGGUUUGCAUUUGUUUACUAUGUUCAUGUGCAUUCAGAUUGCCAAAUGCUGGCAAACUUCUUGGACUGUCGAGAAAAAGGACUGAUCGUUGAUUUGUCAGAAUACAUGUUCAUGAAAGGAAAUGUCUUAAUGUUAUCUCGCUGUGUGGUGUAUAGGAACAAAAAUAAAUAAAGUCAUUUUUGUAACA